UUUUACUCUUUGGGUUUACAUUAACCAGUUGCGUCUCCUAGUAUACCAUUAUUCAAAGUAAUGUUUGCAUUGCUAAUGUCAGUCACCGUGAAGUGUAACGCUAACUGACGUUAUGUUAGAAGAACUUAAUUCUAAGCUAACGUUAGUUAACAAGUAAGGGCUAACAGCUAAUGUUAGCUAGCAGUUAAGGUUAACCGUUAGGUUCUUCUUUGGGUUUUACCUUAGCUCAAAGCGACAUUGCUGUAUACAUGUGACGCCUACGUUCACUUUUACACACAAUUCAUCACGUUGCCAGCUGCCGCCAUGUAUCGGGCAUUCUCUCCAAACCUGGUUCGACCCAACUUGCCCUUGAGGAAGCCGUCAUCGGGCCCCGUGGCUCUCUAUACCCCGAGGCCUCCGGCCCCGGCGACACCUCUCUCCUUUCCCGAUGCUACGGCUGCGUGCACCGCGUCGGGCGCCAUUGGAGACGCCCUGACGAACGUAUCAGUAGGCAGGAAUCAAUCAGCAUUGUUCCAAUCCACACCACCACCGCUGACUGUAUAUUUCUGCAACUACUGUGGUCAGCAAGGAAAUUUGCGGUGCAAGCGCUGCAAGAACACGCCAUACUGCUCCGUGGCGUGUCAGGCAGAAGACUGGAAGGCACACAGGCACAUGUGCAAGUCCAUUGAUUCAGAACCUCAAACUGAAAAACCUAAAGAAACUACAGCUUCACCAUUGACAGGAGACACGGGAAGCCUGCUUGUGUCCGAGCAAGGUAAUGCAUCCAGCCCCCAGAGAGUCUACUUGAAGGACUUGCACUUGACUAAAAUCAUUAAGGGAGACGACAUCCAGGCAUCGGUCUUAGAGUUCUACAACCCUGGCAGGUUUUUCCUUCUCGCCCAAAACCUUGAACUUCUGGAAGCUCUGCAGAACAUCAGCGCAGAGCUUCAGAAAACGUACAGCUGCCCAUCAGUGACGACCUAUGUUCCCCAUGUUGGAGAAGUUUGUGCGGUUAAGUUCUCCUGUGAUCUGAACUGGUACAGAGGACUUGUCCAGACAUUAGCUGCUGACCAGAAGACGGCUAAUAUCCUUUAUAUUGACUUUGGCAAUGAAGAGGAUGUCCCCGUGGACAGGAUCAAGCCCCUGGCUGCCAACAUCCAGCCAUUUUGUCCAUGCGCAAUGCAGUGCCGUAUCAUCGGGGUGGUGCCAACGGCUGGCAGCUGGUCUUCAGAGUGCUGUAUUUCAGUGAAAAAGCUUUUGGCCGGCAAGUUUUUGACUACUAGUAUGGUGGAAACACAGGAAGAUGGUCGCAUACAUUCCGUGGAUAUCACACUUUCAAUGGGAAAGAAAUUAAGCACGUUUCUCCUUGAUCAUGGUUAUGCAGAGGAGGAAGCUGUCAACACAGCACCAACUAUGAAUGAAAUAAACGCUCUGGUGACUGCAUCUUUGGACAACUUCAGACGUCUCUCUGAUGGAAAAGAUGACAAUACUUGGGCUCAGCUACCAGAGCCACUGACACAGGCAGUGGGGGACUCCUUCUAUGUUUUGAUCACCCACCUCCAGUCACCCAAUGAAAUGAUUGUACAGAAGGUAGAGAACGCCGGAGUGAUUCGGGAGUUGCAGCUGAAGCUGAGGGAGCACUGCUCUCAGGUCCCAGCGCCUCAGAACUUCAGGCCGGCCCCCGGCACAGUUUGCUGUGCACAGUUCUCGGAGGACAAGCAGUGGUACAGGGCCAAGGUUUUGGGUUAUUCAUCAGAGGAACGCAUCUGUGUUGGCUACCUUGAUUUUGGCAACUCUGAGGAAGUGGAUUUAGCCAACCUGCAGCCUAUCAGCACUUCACUACUGGCCUUGCCAAUGCAAGCUAUACCUUGUGGUCUAGCAGGUGUGCGGCCAGUUGGGGAGAGCUGGACAGAAGACUGCCUGCUGGCUCUGCAGCGGAGAGUAGCGAACCGAAUACUGCACAUCGAGAUCACGGGAGAACACGACGGCAAGCUUCUAGUGACCAUGAUCGACGAGGCCAGCGAUCCUCAGGCCAAUGUCGCCGAGCUGUUGAGCUCUGCUGGCUUCGCCGUUCCGGUUUCUCCCGUCAGUGACGAGCAGGCGGACCAGACCGCCAGUGCUUCUGUGGACCCCCAAGAGCCUACCUCCGCCUGUGAGCCUCUGGUGUGGUCUUGCAAUGAGCUUCCCUGUGACGGCCAGACAGUGGCACUGCUUGCUAGUGUCGUGGAGAACCCUCAAGAGUUCUACUGCCGCAUCGACAACCCCACAGACCAUCAGCGGCUCAUGGAGCUGGGAGCUCAGUUGAAGGAGCAUUGCGAGGCAGCGGCGUCUCCUUUUGUACCCAAAGUAGGGGAGCCGUGUUGUGCCAUGUUUCCUGUUGAUGGAAAGUGGUAUCGGGCAAUGGUGAAGGCUCUGUCCGAAGAAGUGUCUGUCUACUUUGUGGACUAUGGUUACACCAUGAAAGUUGAAAAGAACCACCUUCGAUCCAUUACAGACAGACUCCUGACUCUACCCUUUCAGGCUAUUUGCUGCUGGCUCACAGGUGUGGAGCCUCUGGGGUCAGAGUGGAGCAGUGAGGCCUUGCUGUGCUUCGAUACGCUGGUGGAUGGAGAGCAGCUCUCUGCGCGUGUCCUUUCAGUCACUGAUCGGGGUUACGGUUUGGAGCUGAAGAGCCGUGGGAAGGAUGUGGCAAACGCCCUCAUUUCUGAGCAGCUAGCCAAAGUUCCUGGGGCGCUACCCGCAGAAGCAGAAGCUGUUUCUGGACAUGCACACCAAGAGAAAGGGCAGGAAAAUGAACACAGCCCAAAACAUGCACACACCAACCAGGUGACUGGAGCCAGUUUGAAAGAAAUGCCAACUGAGGGCCAGACUGCAACGCCAUCAAAAGUUUCAGCCCCGGGUUUCCCAGUGGACUGGAAGGCAGUGGAGCUGCCUCUCAACAGCACCUUUCAGCCUCGUAUCGCUGCCUUCAUCGGCCCGUCCCUCUUCUACAUCAUCGUUCCUAUUCAGGUAGACCAGCAGAAGCUUCAGGAGGUGAUGAUGGAGCUGACAGUUUACUGCAGCGACAUCCAGGCUUCUUCAUCCUCCACUGUCCCCUGCAAACCGGCUCUUGGAGCUGCCUGUUGCGCCCAGUUCUCUGCCGACAACAACUGGUACCGUGCGGUGGUCGUGGAGGUCGACGACAAUGAGGCGAGUGUCAUCUACGCAGAUUACGGCAACGCUGAGAAAGUGCCAUUCUCCCGUAUCCUUCCCAUCCCCAUGAGCCUGCUACAGCUCCCCUUUCACGUCACCCGGUGCACCCUCAAUGGUAAAGAACCCUUUCCUGCAAACCUUCCAGAGGAGGUCCAGCAGAUGUUUGAAAACCUGCUGUUUAGUGGCGUCCUCGCCACAGUCCAGUCCUUCAAUGGCACUGAAAACGUGCUGACACUCGCUCUGCCCUCUGAGAAGGGCGGGCAACUCGUCUCGGCCAUGAUCUCGGACGCCCUAAAGGCCCGGGCCACGAGCAGUCCUCCGAAGGUCGACCGAAUUGACAGCAGCGCCUCUGCUGCUGGACCUUCAGCUCUACCUGAGGGUCUCCGGUCCAACUCUGGAAGCGAAAAGGGGCCCGAAAGCACAGCAGCUGCCACGGGCCCCCCCGUGGACCUAGAGCCGGAAUCCCAGACUCUCCAGCAAAGGAAAAAUACGUCAGCUGUGGCGGUCGAUGAUCCUCAGACGUCGGGCUGCUGCUGUCUAAAGCUGACCACAAAGAUUGACGACCUGGAGCGGUUGAUGCAGCAGCAGCUUUCUCUCAUCAAACUGUUGGUGGGACAGAAAAAAUGAGAUUCCCCCAUUUCAAUACGUUACAAACUCCUGUAACUCAUUCCUGUUUAUUUGUUUCUUUAAUGAAAGUUAACUAAAUACAGCAUGUCGUUUUAAUUCUGCCACUCUGGUCCACAUACUGCCACCCAGGUUUUAAUUUGUUGCUUUCAUUUUAUGUUCACUAAACAGUCACUCUGUUCUGGGCUUUUUAUGUUUUUAACUUGUGGUUAAAUUCCAGUCCUUGUUUUAUUUAGAUAUAUCUCUGUAUGUUUGCAGUGAGUUGUUCUCCUUCAAUUGUCGUGCAGCGUGCUGAGCUGACAUCUGUUCCUUAGUUCACUCCUCAUCACCUGUUCAAGAUGGGAUGUCCUGCCAGAUUUAUGUUCAACAUAAA